AUGGUUGGAACAAAGAGAUUGGCUGAUGCCUUGACAAGGGUUGACAGGGAUGAUGAAGUAACAAAUAAAAAGUCAAAGAAGAAGGUUAUAAAACUAUCAACUCUGGCUCCAAAGACAACACAACAACAGCAACUUCAACAACAACAACAGCAACAGCAACAACAAACAAAGAAUAACAACAAAUCAAACAUUAAUAAUGAUGAUAAUAUACAGUUAUUAAAGUCAAUACUCGAUACAUAUAUGACUGCUGUCAAUGUCAAUGUCAACAACGCGAACAACAACAACAUUGAUAUCCAACAGAUAGUAUCAUUGUUGCAUCAUAAUCAAUGUCUUCAGAUGGUGUUGGCAGAUCGUGCUCAAACAAAGUUCACAACACAAUGGUGUGCGGCUGUUCUGGCAAUGCUCAGACCAAGUAGCCCACAGCUCCCACUCGGUUUACGUUUGAUGGCCGAGACAAUCAGAGUGUGCGAUUAUGAUACGAUGGUGGCAAACGCCGAUAAAUGGUCAAAAGUACUCGUUUCGAUCGUGCCCACGGGCAAGGUCAACGAGGUCGCGUUGCAGCCUGCCGACUACUCGUCGCUCGUCGCAACCCUGGCGCUCCUGGUCGAGAAGUCUGCGCUUUGGAACGAUUUGAAGCGAUCGAUCGUCACAAACACGACCCUGGCACCGAUCGUCAGCGCCGUGUGCAGCUCCCUGCAGCCAGACAGCACAAUACAGUACGGCCUGCAGGCACAGGUCGACAGUCUGAUCGCGCUCAACACAUUGGUGCUGUCGCUGUCCAGCGCCAUCCGCCCACACCUGAACAAGAUCGAGACGCUUGUCUAUCCACUGCUCGUGAGCAGGGAGCUGUCACUCCAGGAAAGCGCUUCCACAGUGAUUGCCAACCUGCCAUCGACCGUCAACCUGCUGGCCAGCGAUCUGUACUGGGACGUGACGGUACAGCGCCUCGUCGUGGAGAUGCACGCCCACGCCUCGGCCAUCUACAUUGGCAUAGAGGAUGACGAGACCUCCAAGACGGACUUCCCACUGGCCGUCGUCAUGCCAUCGUCCAGCAAGCUGAACAGUUCAGGCGAGGAUGCCAUCAUGAACCAACUUUCACACGUAGCCAACAUCACCAUCAACACGCCCAGCACUUUAGUCGACUGCCAGUCACGCGCCAACUCAUUCCAUGGCUUGGCCAAAUGUCUCGUUCGACUGAUGACCACUCAAACUCAAUCCGCCUGUUCAGUUCCAGUUGACGUGAUCAUCAAGUUACUGUGUCGUGUCCUAAACAUUGGAUUCUAUAACAUCAGAUCAAGGAAGGAUCAUAGUGAUAUCCCUUUGUGUCAGUUGUUGUCUGUGACUGUCCAACUUCACCAACAAUGCUUGGCGAUAUUGUCCAGCAUGCUACAGAGCUUUAGACGUGCAUUGUUACCGUAUGCCAAGACCAUUAGCUCAUUACUCUUGCGCCCUUUGAGAAUGAGAGAGACAUACUCCAACGCCACAAUUCAAUUGCAGGUCUACUCAACGAUCAGAGUGGCAAUCGAGUCGUUGGGCGCUGCCUGUGCUGACUCGUUGGCCACACCAUCCGUCGCAUUCCUUUUGCGCGACGUCCAACCAUUCGUCCCACAAGAGAUCUCAAUCACCGCUGCCACGGCUGUCUCUGGCAAGAAGAAGAACAAGCAGACGACUGCACCAAUGGCCCAGCAAAGCGUAGACGAGCCAACCAACAACACCAUUGGCAACGUUGAUGCCAACCAUCUCCACGACACCAGCUCGCUUGACAUCAAGGUGGCCGCAGGCAAAGCCCUCCAAUCUCUGUUGCUGCAUUGUGGCAGCCAGUUGGCAACAUCACGCGCUACUGGCGCAUCUCUGCAGGCAUCCAGCGGACCCCAGGCCAUGCGCACAGAGAUCGACCAACAGCUCCUCUCGCUCAUAUUGCAGUGCCAUAGUCUGGUGGCAUCAAAGAAGAACACGGCCACCUACAUUGGCAGCUCAUUCGCCUCGUGGCAGUAUCGCCAGGUGCUCUAUGCCUGUCUGAUCAGUGCUGUGCUGCGUCCCAUCCCCUCGGUGCCGGCCGUGCUCCCUUACGCACUGCGCUUGCUGACCGUUGGCUGCAACACUGACGAUCAUCCCAAGGUACGCUCAGAGUGCUCCAAGGGUGCAGCCGUGUGCCAAGCCUUGAUCCAUCCACAGUGUCCAAGUCUUCAAUCGCCAGCCUCGACCAUCAAUGGUGGUGCUGCUGCCCAGACCUCAGCAUCCAAGUCAUCACUAUCACGUGCCAACGAUGACAUGAUGGACAUUAUCAACAGUUAUGAGAACGAUGAGGAGCAAGAGGAGACUGAUGAGGACAACCAACACGACGACGAUGAGGAUGCCAAUGACAAGAUUGACAUCACAUUCAAUGAUAUGUCUGAUGAUGAUGAGGAGGAAGAUGAGGAGGAUGCUGGAGCACUUGGCCAAGAUGAUGAUGAAGAAGAGGAAGAUGAGGAAUCAGUUGGCAAGACAACAAAGACAUCGACUACCACUACGACGACUACAACAACAGGAGGUCCAAUAAUGAGAAGCAUGAGGACCAAUUUGUUUGAUGACUCUGCCUUUGGCACUACACCAUCAUCAAUCACAUCGAAGCAAUCAACAUCAUCAACAUCAACAACAUCAGUAUCAAGUAAUGCCAAGCCAUCCAACAAUGCCAAUAUCAAGAUGGACACCACCAACGAUGACGACGAUGAAGAUGAUGAUCUACCGGAUCUUAUUGUUGGAUCGUCAGACGAUGAAUAA